UUCUAAUAUUAUAUUAAUUUUUGUUUCAGAGGCUAACAAUUUGGCACAAGAACUUUUCUCACAAAAACUGUAUCCUCAAGAGAGAAUAAUAAAGUACCUUCUCAGUCAGUUGGCCAAAGCUGGAGAUGUGGAGACCAUUUCCACCAUGAAUAAACUUUUGCCUGCCAGGUUGCUAAGAGCGGUUUCAUAUCAUAAUCUGCUCUGCAAUGCUUAUUCCAAUAGUGGACGGCAUCUUGAAUUGCUGGAAGAAUUAGAGAAAGAUCUCGGAAAGAGCAAACUAGUUUUUCCUGCUGGAGGAAUAUUGGGUCUACUCAAGGAUCAUCCAGAAAUAGAGGAAAGAAUUGUGAAAUUAGCAGAAAGGUAUCAUAAAGAAGAAGGUUUUGUAAUACCAAAGAAUAUGGUUUGGAUGCACUAUUUUCUUAAAGAAAAUUACAAUAAAGCAGAAGAAAUUUUACAGUCAUGUCCUGAGAUGAUGGAAAAACUACUUUUUUCUAACAUAUUGGAUAAGGUUAGAGAUAAUGAAGACGAAACUAUGGGAAGGAAACUUGUUGAAGUAGUUAAAUCAACAGCAACUUCCCAAAUGACUAAAGGAGCUGCUUUUAGUGGCUUGAUGAAUGCAUUCAAAAAAAAACGAACAUACUUUCCAAACAACCCAAUACAUGAUGUAGACGGAGUUUUAAUGCUCUUAAUAAAUGUGAAGCAUAUUUUGAAGAGAGAACAUUUUUUAAUUGUUUCAUGCAACAAAAAAACAAACUACAAUUUUUCUUUUUUACAAAAAUGUAAAGUAUUUUAACACACAUUAUAAUGU